AUGACAACCAUUCUAACCCAGGUCUUCAAGGAACUCGGAUACACACAGGACCACUCCCUUUUGGACGUGCGUCUGGCGGCCGGUUAUGCAUCUGUAAUUCUCGCCGCCGCAUCCUUCUACCUGGACUAUACCUUUGGAUUCGACUUUGCUCGACCCUACCUCGUCUACACAGUUCCUUUGUUUUUUGUGCUUGAGUUCUUCGUGUCCGGAUGGCUCUACUUUAAGGAGCGAAACGUCGCAUAUGUGGGAAAGAAGGGAGACACCAAGGUGACCGUGUCGACGACUGCUGCCAACCCCGGCGUGGACUACAAGAUUGUCGUUGACGUGGACGGCGGUAAGAAGACCGUCGACGCAAAGUUCAACGACUGGUUCGACUUUAAUGGCUUCAUUGUCUACAGCAAGUUUGCUGGCGUCUUUGAGGCGCUUUUGGAAAAGAAGGAUCAGUAA